CCGCCGCCGCCGUCGUCGUCGUCGAGAGACGUCGGUCCGUCUCGCGCCUCUUCUCGCGUUCUCAGUUCUCCGACCGAACACGACGGCGAAACUCGCGAAACUCGCGAGACACGAAUAAGCUCUGAGCGAGAAAAGAAUCCGCGACGUUGUCCUCGGGGUCGUGACGUUGUCAUCGGCUGUGCAAACCAAGCCUCGAGACGGCCCUCGUGCGCCCGCGGCGGUGACACGGGGUAGAGGGAGGUUACGAGCACGCGGCGGAGCAACAGUGUUCGGCGACCUUCCUCUGGAGAUGCGCCGGCCGGAGACGGCAUAGAGGGCAACCAAGUGCCUCCACCGAUAACGAUAACCGAGAGAGAGAGAGAGAGAGAGAGAGAGAGAGUUGAGGAGUCGCGAGGUCAGCGAGAGGGCAUUGUCGUGCGUAUCUCUGUCGAUUCAGUCUGUCGGCUCGGGAAGGCGUGGUGGAUCGUUCGCGUGGCCCGUGCGCGCGUGUAUGCGUGUUUUCGAUAACGCCGAGAUAAGCGCUGCUCCGAAACCACGUGCAACAUGGGACUGAUAGUGAGAUCAAUCGCAAGACGUGUGUUGGGUGCGUCGAAGUAUCGAUAGAAUAAUUUGUGAAAGUACAAACGAGAACGGACGUGCGCGCGCGCGCGCGCGCGAAAAAGGGAGAAAAAAAAGCGUAAUCGUGUGGCUGGAUUACCCUUCGCGUUAUUAUGUGUCACUCGAAAACCUUGGGCAAUUUUCGCCAGUGGCGUUGUUCAUAACGGUGUGAUUUACAGAUGCGCGCGUCGUACAUACGUCAGUGAACCGCGAAGAACGUCGCAUGCGGUGGACCUUACGGGGUUCGACGUGGCUGUAUGAGCCGAAGGGAGUCCUGGAAGGAUUCGCGACUACGGUAGUCGGGCAUGGUCGCGGAGGAUGAGGAAGAAGUACAAAAAUAACUGUUCCCGUGGUUGAGAGGAGAUGCACAGCUGACCGUCCGUGUCAGACAGAGUGCGAGAGAAAAAAGAGAGAACCAGAGAGGGGUAGAGUAAAGAGAGACGGAUAGAGAGAGGGGGAGAGAGAGAGAGAGAGAGGGAGAGGGAGAGGUACAGGUAGCCGGACAUUCGAUUAGCGUCGGCGGGCGUCACGACUCGCGUCGGAACGACCAGCCGAGGAAUCGAUCCGAUCGCGGCACUCCACGUAAACUCGACUGCAAACACACCACGUGCCUUCCCCGUCGUAACCGUGGACGCCCGUCUACCCGUCUGGACAUCGCGACGCCCUCGACUCGACCGCGCGAGUCGAGAUCGAACCGGGACAUCGAGCAUUCGCGUGCGAGCGACCGAACAAUCCCGGAGGAAGCUUCGUCCGACAACGUCGUGGAAAUGUCCGAGCCAUGCGCCUCUCCGAGACGCCCACAGUCCGCGAAUUCGGUUGUCGCCAAGUUUGAUUUCGAUCCCACGAGGUCGAACUACGUCCGUAUAGUCGACGGAGGUGCGCUCGUGACCAGAAACGUCAACUCCUCAAGGGACGAGACGACGGCCUCGAAGCCGGUGACCGGCAUCGCCGACCAUCGCGACGGAACAUCGCGACGCCGCCGCCGCCGCGCUGGUAUCCCUCGCUGUUCGCACUAGGUUGCCUAGGUUGCCUAGGUUGCCUAGGUUCUGUGUGACCGGGCUGACUCGCGCGAAUACCCGGCGCGCGCGCGCGCGAGUCUGUGUGUCAGCGCGCUCCAGCCGCUUCACGAGCCGCGGACGGGAGACGACGUGAUAAUGAGAGACUCUGUCGGCGAGACAUGACGAAUAGCGCUGUGAACGGGCGCCGAAGAAUGACCGAGUGCUCGUGAUCGUAGCUGCUGAAUCGCCGUCGACGAUUCUCGCGCGCGCGCGCGCGCGCGGAAUUUCACGGCCGUCGCCACGUCCGGGAAGUCGCAAAGUCCUGGAAGUCGCGCGAACAUCGGCCAAACGGCGCGCAGGCUGUAUCCUCUGCUAUAAAUAGAUGUUUUCUCGCGUGGAUCGCGUCUCUUGAGACACACAGACCCGCGAGCGAGCAAAAGAGAGAGAGAGAGACAGAGAGAGAGAGAGAGAGAGAAAGAGACGCACACAUUGGUAGUGGUGAACGCGUGCACGUGCGGCACCGCCGCGACACAUAUGUCGGCCGUUCGACGUUGGCUCGACCUUCCUCGCGUCCUUGGAUCGACGGAAGGUGAAAUCGUGACGGCUCGCGCCGACCUUAGAUGUAUAUCUAGAUAGACGAGAACUCGGGUCCAAAAGUCGGCGAAUAGAAGACGCAUCGAGCCUUCCCUCCUCGACGUGGCGGAGCGCGAACAGUCGGUCACACACGGACAAUUUAUUCGAGACGUCAAAGUCGCGCGAAGAAUUUUGCAACGCUCGCAAAGAAAAAGAAGAAGAAGAAGAAAAAGAAGAAGGAGAAGGAAAAGAAGAAGGAGGAGGAGAAGAAGAAGAAGAAGAAGAAGAAGAAGAAGAAGAAGAAGAAGAAUCGCGUCUCGCGGUUAGAUCACCUCCUAGGUGCGAACAAACAAGAAACGCGGUAGCGCGCGCAAAUUGCAAACCACCUGGACGUGGACUUGGUGGAAUCCUCCUCGCUUAAUCGUAAAGCCUCGCGUCGCCUUUUCUUACUCGACAAGUCCGAAGGAAACGGACGAGAAUCGACCGGAUACAAAGAUCCGACCGCAGCAACGAAUCUCUCUAUCCCCAUUCUCCGCGAGGUCAAGUCGUUACGUUACUCUGUCUUAUAUACGGCUGAUCACUAUGCUCAACUCGUGCUGUGCUUUUUUCUACCGUGCUCGUGCAUACGCCGCGAGUGUUUUCCUAGUGCUUUAGUGUUACGCGAUACAUAUAUUAUUGAUAGAGGGGGCCCGGUGUGCCCAGGGUGCGCCCACGAACGCGGAAGUCUCGGCUACCCAGGUACCUGGGAAUCGUCCUGAGAUGCCUGUUAGACGAGGUCACGUGGCGCCCAGAACUACGAUCAUCGAGACCAUCAUCAGGAAGUUCGAUACUCACAAUCGAAGCUUUUUAGUGGCAAACGCGCAACAGGGACUAUGCCACAUUAUCUAUUGCUCGGACGGUUUCUGUCGGAUGACGGGCUUCUCAAGGGCGGAAGUGAUGCAGAGGCCGGCGGUCUGCGACUUCCUCCAUGGACCAAUGACGUCGCCGCACGCGGUCGCGGCCCUACGAGACGCCCUCGCCGCCGGCGUCGAAAAACACUUCGAGAUCCUCUACUACAGGAAAGACGGAACCAAGUUCCUCUGCAGCGAGGUCAUAGCGCUAAUAAGGAGCGAGGUGGACGACAUUUGCCUGCAAAUCAUAAACUUCGAGGACCUGAGCUCGCAACCGCCUCCGCAAUCCGCGAUACCGCCGCCGAGUCAGGCCAACAACAGGCUCUCGACACGCUUCGACAGGGCAAGGGCGUCCUUCCGUGCUGGCUUGACGAGAACCGGUGUCGUUGGUCCACCAAGGGUCAGAAACCGACCGCGUACGGCGGCUAAUUUACCUCAUCGACUUGCUGACGGGACCAUCCUCGACGAGGAAGCCUCUGAGAACUGCCCGUUAACAUGUGGCUCGCCCACAAUGAUGGAAUCUUGGGGUCCUGGGAGAACGGGCACACCCCCGCCGCCGGGCCUACAACCGCCGCCGUCGGUCGGGAACAGCAACAACAACGCUGCCGCAACGACGUCGACGACCACCCCGAGCGUCGCACAGCCCGGCACCACCGCUCCCAUCGCCAGUCCCGAGGGAGUCAGCGACGUGUCGCAAAAGUCGGGAAUCUGGGAUGGCCCGAACUCGUCGUCGGGCGGUGUCGCGGAGGGUCCCUCGCGGAGCGUGUCUCACGCGGCGAGUCUCGACGCGAUCUCGAGGAGAACCGUGAAGCCGGAAACGACGACGAGGGCGCCGUGCCGCAGCCUCACCUGCAGCGUCUUAGCGGGCCGAGGGAGCGAACACGUCACUCUCGAGCGACGACCAGCUACAGUCGAUAAUCUCACCGAAGCAGCGAAACAUUCGAAAAUCUUUCCUGGCGUCGCUUCUGAAAGCGACUUGCAGAAAUGGCGGGCGUCCAAGGACCGAAAGUCGCCAUCUCUGAGUCAGAUGGGACCGGAUUCCAUCAAACACAAAUUCUCCUUGCAAGACAAUGGAUCCGCCAAGUAUUUUCAAGGAGCGAUGCAUACACCGAACAUGGGAGAGAAGGUCGCUCAGUCUAACGUGUCGCAGGUACUGUCCCUCGGAGCGGACGUUCUCCCAGAGUACAAAUUACAAUCUCCCAGAAUCCACAAGUGGACCAUAAUACACUACUCGCCGUUCAAGGCGGUCUGGGAUUGGAUCAUAUUGCUGCUCGUGAUGUACACCGCCAUAUUCACGCCGUACGUCGCCGCCUUCGUUCUGUCAGAUCCGGAUUACAAUAGGAAGAACAAAAAGUAUAGUGACGAGCCGAUCGUCAUUAUAGACUUCAUAGUCGACGUCACCUUCAUUAUCGACAUCAUCAUCAAUUUUCGCACGACCUUCGUCAACAGCAACGACGAGGUGGUGUCUCAUCCAGGAAAGAUAGCCGUCCAUUACCUCAAGGGUUGGUUCAUAAUCGACCUGGUGGCCGCCAUACCCUUCGACCUUCUACUGGUCGGUUCGGACACUGACGAGCUCGGCUUGGACAAGGACGAGACGACAACCUUGAUCGGACUCUUAAAGACGGCUCGUCUGUUGCGUCUCGUCCGGGUGGCCAGGAAGAUCGACAGAUACAGCGAGUACGGCGCCGCGGUUUUGUUACUGUUAAUGGCCACUUUCGCCCUUAUUGCUCAUUGGAUGGCGUGCAUAUGGUACGCCAUAGGAAACGCCGAGAGACCGACUCUGAAGAGCAAGGUUGGUUGGCUGGACAUUCUGGCCAACGACACGCAUCAGUUUUACUUUCACAAUAACACCGGCGGGCCGAGCAUAAAAAGCCGCUACAUCACGGCGCUUUACUUCACCUUUAGCAGUCUGACGUCCGUGGGUUUCGGGAACGUGGCGCCCAAUACCGACGCCGAGAAGAUUUUCACAAUAAUCGUCAUGUUGAUCGGAUCUCUAAUGUACGCCAGCAUCUUCGGUAACGUUUCGGCCAUCAUCCAGAGGCUGUACAGCGGCACAGCCCGUUAUCACACGCAGAUGCUCAGGGUCAGGGAGUUCAUAAGGUUCCAUCAGAUCCCGAAUCCGCUCCGCCAGCGAUUGGAGGAGUACUUUCAACACGCGUGGACGUAUACAAACGGGAUCGACAUGAACAGUGUUCUCAAAGGGUUCCCCGAGUGCCUUCAGGCCGACAUCUGUCUUCAUCUCAAUAGGAAUCUUUUAAACAAUUGCAGAGCCUUCGAGGGGGCUAGUCCAGGCUGUUUAAGGGCAUUAUCCUUAAAGUUUAAGACGACGCACGCGCCGCCGGGUGAUACUUUAGUCCAUCGCGGCGACGUGCUGACCUCCUUGUAUUUUAUAUCCCGCGGGAGCAUCGAGAUCCUGAAGGACGACAUUGUGAUGGCCAUUCUGGGCAAGGACGAUAUAUUCGGCGAAAAUCCGUGCAUUUAUCCGACAGUCGGGAAGUCGUCCUGUAACGUGCGCGCGCUCACCUACUGCGAUCUCCACAAGAUCCACAGGGACGAUCUGCUCGACGUUUUAGCUCUUUAUCCCGAAUUUUCCAACCACUUCAGCCAGAAUCUCGAGAUCACCUUCAACAUGCGAGACGAGGAGCAAGCUGGUGUCGAUCCAAUGUCAGCAAGGUUUCCUGUCAGCACUCCGACGGACGUCGAAGUCGACGCCAGGAGAUUCGCUUUCCGUCCACCAAGAUACCGUCGAGGACCCGGUGGUGGUCCUGGCACAAAUCUUAUUCCCACAGGUCGACAAGAUUCCUUGCAAGACGACCAAGACGACUAUGAUAAAGGCAGCGGUCAUGGUAUCUUAGAGUUCAGCACGGACAAGGCCGGUCAGGAUGUGACGCCAUUGAAUCUGGAAUUUGACGAGCCUAAACAGCGAAGCUCGACCUUAAACUCGAUAACCGGCAUGCUAACCCAUCUCAAGCGCAGCAUACCGGAUCUACAUCAGCACAAGAUUCACCUGCAACCGCUCACCAGCCACGAUUAUCUCGCCAAGCAAAUGACCACGCCGCUGACGAAACCAGCGCGCCGGAGUUCCGCCGCUGGCGAGAGUUGCCUCAGUCAAAACGUGGUCCAUCCCACUUCGACAACGUCGAGCCACUACACCACACCAUCGCCCCCGCAGCAUCCUCAUUCCCAUGGCGACUUUCAGAGCGGCCCAGGCCGGCCGCCGGUGGAGGAUAUCAACGCAAGGAUCGACCAGCUGUCGCGCCAGGUGUCCUCGUUGGAGCACUCGGUGACCGGUGACAUCAGAUUGAUCUUGAGUUUGCUUCAGCAGACGCUCAACUCGUCGAGGGAGAGCUCCAGCAUCGAGAUGAUGCCCGGUACAGCGCCGGCCGGCACGAGGCAGGCCGGCGGCAGCAGAGCGCCGGCGUUGGUACAGAGAUCGGCGAGCGAGCCGCAGCCUCCGACCGUGCCAGCGAGCAACGGCAACGGCAGCGGUAACGGCAACGGCAACGGCAACGGCAACGGCAAGGUCCAGCCCAGCACGUCGCACGGCUUGUUCAGCCUUCUUUCGAAAUCCCUGGAUCAGUUGCAUUUGAUUUCGGCGUCUUUUAUUUUGGAAAAGUUGGACAAGUUCCGAAGUAGACCCCCCACGCGGGAACCGACCUCUACGUCGUCGUCCGGAGCGUCCCGACUGACCGUGACAUCGGACACGUCCGCGCUGGCGACGGCGUUGCAGACCGCGUUGAACGGCAGAACCGGACCCACGCGCUCGCAGAGCCAGCCCGUCGACCUGGCGGUGCCGACGAGCGCGCAGUCUCAUCAAGCUCACGCUUGGCACAGUCAGCCCGCCGCCCUCAGGAGGGGUGAAUACAGAAGUGGCGCUCCUUGCGACAGAUACACCUCGUUCAACAAGCGCUCGGAGCCGGAGAGCGAGGACCCUUGGAGCUGCGUAGUCUCGGUUUCAACGGACCGCGCCGCCUCUCGCCCGCGUAGCGGCGACUCGCGCAAGGACCCCACGAACCAUCGCUGCGGCGGCGGCGGCGGCGGCAACGCCGAGUCCACGUCGGGCCAACAGGCAGGCAGAGCGGCAACGGACGGAGCGGCGGUCAGGUCAGAAGGUGGGAAUGGGGGACAGUUGGCGAGCGGUGCCCGACAAGAGUCCUCGCGGCAGACUAGCGAGGACAUGUCGUGGGAGUUCACGAUAAACGAGGCGCCGAUCGCCAGGCUCGAGUCGCUGGACGAGCUCGAUCAGGAUCACGGCAGUUAAGGGGAGGCGCGCGCGCGCGCGCGCCGCGAGGUCGUCCUGUCUGUCGUCAGUUGGGGACUCGCGCGAAACCCGAGGCCGAUCGCCACGAGGAGAGAUGAUCGCCGCGCGCGCUCAUCCCGACGAACGGGAACGAUGACGGUCGCGGAGAGCGAGAGCGAGAGCGAGAGCGAGAGCGAGAGCGACCGAUCGCCACUGUUCAACUCCUCGGCUCCAUCUUCAUGAAAGGGAUCGGACUCGCUUCGCGAGGUUGUCUCAUCGCGAGCGACGCGUGUCCGCGGGUCGACCUGGUGGAGCGUGUAGGGUGUACGUUUGAAGGGAGUAUAUACGGCUCUACGGGGAGAGCGGUUCUCAUUUGCACCUAGGCUUCGGAAUCAUUUUUUUUAUUUUUUAUUCCAAUUAUACAGUACAUUCUCUGAAAGAUACUUGGGACGUAACCGUCAUUUCGGAAGUUCGGCAAGUACGAGGGCUGCAAAGGCUUUUCACGCACUAGAAGGAAAGAAUUGCGCGCGACAAAGUACACAUUGCAUUGUAACAAGGUAUCGAUUGAUAUUGUAUACACGUACAAGCGUUAUGUUGCGAUUUCUCGCGAUAAUUCGGCGACAUUACAAGAAAUCGGGCGAUUCUCGAAAGAAGUGAAUUCAAGCGUGCGACUUGCGCGCUUCCUUCAAUCGUACACGCUUCGAGAGGCCGACGAGCCAGCAAACACUGUGUGUGUGUGUAUGUGUGUGUGUGUAUGUGUGUGUGUGUGUGUGUGUGCAUAUGUGAAUCCUCCUUUCGUAUACUCGAGACAGUGACAGAAGACGGUCGUACACCUCGCCGCGCCUUCAUCACCGGAUAGCGGCCAAAGUAAGCGUUGUUUCCUCCGCUACAUGAAUGUACUUUCCUCUCUUGUUAUUUGCAAAGUACGACCCUCGUGUCUCGUUGACAGCUCCGCUAAAAUUCGGCUCGAACGCGUCACGUGAAGCGAGACUGAAACUGGAAUCAUCGCGCGAAAGUUCGACCCUUCGCGCGUCCAGCCUCAAGGUGGACAGACGUGACGAUCGUGAUGGGGGGGGGGAGGGGGGCGCGAACACGCUCGUACUCUCCCCCCUCUCUCUCUCUCUCUCUCUCUCUCUCUCUCUCGCGAGGUUCGUUCCCCGACGGUCAUUCGGACAACUCGAUAUUCGUUCCUUCAAAUCGAUUUUGUACGCGUCGAAAAGAAGCAAACGAAGCAAGUAUACUGCAUCGCCAAUUGGACGCCAAUCGUUUUACUCGCGGGAAUUAUUUAUGUAUAUUUACACGUCGACACGUAUUAUGCGCUAUCGGAAGAGGGGCAGGAGGGGAAUAUUUUGGCUAAAGAGAGCGUUUGAAAGUGGAAGAGGACACGCGUUGCGUGCGAUGAUAUCGCGAGGAUCUCGGUGGGAGCUCUCGAGCUCGCGGAGCAAAGUCGCGAGGGAGAUUUGCGUCUUGCGCGCCAGAAUCGGACAGCCGAGAGAGAGGAGACAAAUAUUUAACGCGUUAGGUACUACAUCAAGCGUUCGUAUGGUAAAUACGACAAAGAUUGGAAUUCGCGACGCUUGCAGCAUGAAUACAUGGGAGACGGGACUCUCUGUCGGAUUUGUCGUACGAAUACCUAGGCAACAACAAUCUCUUGAUUCGCAUUAUCGCCGCAGCGUUUAGAUCGCUAAAUACAAGGGAAAUGCGAAAAGGUCUUAGGCUCGGCUCGUUCGCUUCGCAGGAUUUCCUCCGGUCGGAAGUCGUCGCUUCGCGGAGCGAGAACGGACGCUUUUCGUUUUCUAACGAAACGACUGAGAGAGGAGCAUCCUCUCUCUCCUUUUCGUUCUCACUUGUAGGCGAUGUUUGAAACGACGGUAUUAAACGACGGUGCUCGAAACUAUUUUUUCGCGACGCCGGUACGGUAUUAUCGCGGUAGAAUUUAAGCCGGAACAUUGGAGAUACACGAAAAAAAAAAAAACGAUCUUUUUUCCCAAUUCAGCCGCCGUACAAAGUAGUAAUGUUGUCCUUUAUACAGACAAAACGCGACAGCGAGCGAUUAGUGUCGCGCAUCAGGCGACACGUUAAAUAAUUACCGAUUCUUCUUACUAUUAUGAUUGUUAUAAUGAUUGUAUAAUUAUUAUUGCUAUUAUUAUUAUUAUUAUUAUUAUUAUUAUUAUUAUUGUUAUUGUUAUUAUUUCGAUCGUUAUUAUCGCUACGAUUGUUGUAUAGCAACGGCAGAAGCGCAAGCGCAACGGGGAGAAGACGAAAAAAAUGACACUGGCGCGUUAAUAUAAUGCCUACACAAUAAUAUUUACUUCUACAUAUACAUAUACGGAAAAAAGAAAAAAAGAAGCAACAUGGAUGUGUGUGUGUGUGUGUGUGUGUGUGUAUAUACACACACAUAUACACACACAUUCUAUACAUUUUUUACAAAGCAUUUCGAGCCGCUGCUGCUCCUAAAAACAUGUCUAAACAAUGGUUUUUCUUCCUCUCUUUUCGUUUUCGUCCCCCCGACGUCUCUAUUUCCGCCAUUAACAUCGCGAACCGGUUAAUGCUGGAAAAAUGGUGGUUGAUGAUCCCAAAAUGAUGUUAUUCUCACUUGUCAUAGAUCUUAUAGGUGGAGUUUCAGUUGAUUUUUAUAUUUAGGGCUCACAAGACGUGAAGCGCGUGGUACAGAAACAUACAAGGAAAAAGGGGAGGAAUCAAAUUGACAAUUCUGAUGCUAUUCUCAAAAUCAUUUAUGGAUCAUCGAUCAUCAGAUCUAUUUGUUCUUUGCUCAGUAUUCUAGGCUGUAACCAAUACAUUCGAUGUAACGAUUAAACACACACACACAUACAUAUA